GGCAUGCCAGUUGCCAUAACCUCAUUUUUGGUCCAAAUCGUGGUGGUGAAAACACGUUUUCUCUUGAAGGGAAAACAUUCCAAAUUAGAGCGUAAAUCGUGACAAAAUGCGUAUAGAAACGUGUUACUUCUGCUCGUCAAAGAUUUACCCAGGAAAGGGUGUGCAGUUCGUGCGAAAUGACUGCAAGGUGUUCAAGUUCUGCAGAUCAAAGUGCCACAGGGCAUUUAAGAUGAAGAAGAACCCACGCAAGACCAGGUGGACGAAGGCGUACAGAAAGACUGCUGGAAAGGAGCUCACAGUUGACCCGAGCUUUGAGUUCGAGAAGCGCCGCAAUGUUCCCAUCAAGUACAACCGGGAGUUGUGGAGUCGCACGCUGGACGCCAUGCAGAAGAUCACGGAGAUCAAGGAGCGGCGGGAGAAGCACUUCGUCAUGGAGCGCCUGCGGAAGGGCACGCAAGUGGAGAUUGAGAUGGACGUGAAGGAUGUGCAGAAGAACAUGUCACUGAUUCGCUCCCCGGCGGCGGGUCUGCGCGAGAGGCGGGCCAAGGAGAAGGAGCUGGAGGAGAGCCAGAUGGACCAGGACGUGGAGAAUGAGGAAGAGGAGGAGGAGAUCACGUACGUUCCCGCGAGAGAGCUCGAGAAGAGGCUGGAGGAGGAGGCGAUGGAGGACAGCAGAGAGAUGAUGAUGGAGGCAUAAAUAGCGGUUUGUGUACAAUUUAAUUGCAAAUUAACAUUUGGAUCUGUCGAUUGAAAUUCC